CCAUCUUGUUCUAUAAAUUCCACCCCUCUCAUAGGCUCCAAUUCCCUUUCCUUCUCUCCUCUUCUUCUUUGCUAAGCUUUGUAAGAGGUUCUGCUGCUGCUUUUUUGUUCUUCUGUAGUCCUCUUCCUGCUUCGAGUGGCUGGUUUGCCUCGAAGAUUUUUCUUGGAUUACAGCUGAAUACUGUUGUUCUUGCUGUUGUCCUUGUUGUGUUGGUAGAAAAGGUCCCUCCUUUGCAUCUCCUUCGACUGGAUUCCUGUUCUUGGGAUCCUUUCUGCUACGAAUUGCUGGGGAAACUCUGCCAAAAUUUUCUCUGGAGAUUCUGUUUCUGGGUUCAGCAUCACAUCCACCUUGCUGCUGAAGUCUGGGGUCGCUCUGUGCUGCUCUCUGUUCCAAGAUCUCAUCUUUGUGUAUUAAAAUCUCUCGUUUUUUCCCCUUUCCUUUCACAUGCAGCAUCGGUUUCUCAUCAUCUUUCCGAUCUAAGUCUAUGUUGGCUAUCAACAGUGAGAUCUUUCUCUCUGGAUUUAUGAUAACUUCCACCCUCAGGCGCAGCACCCAUCUCGUCCAGUCCUUCUCUGUUGUCUUCCUCUACUGGUUCUAUGUGUUCUCGUGGACUCGUUCUUAGUAUCCUUUUCUAAGUAAUAAUCUUUGUAUACCGAUACUAUUUAGCCUUAUUUCCACCCAAGAUCUAGUCUUUCCUGAGGCAUCAGCGUCAUAGUCUCUAAAGGACUGCUAAAGAUCUCAGUGUUCCAUGGCUUCUCCCGGUGGGACUUCAUCAGGAUCCAGCCUGCUCCAGACGUCAGGCUCCGAAGAGGAUCUGCAGGCACUGAUGGACCAGAAGAGGCAAAAGAGAAUGAUAUCCAACCGCGAGUCCGCGAGGCGGUCGAGGAUGCGCAAGCAGAAACAUUUGGACGAUCUGACGGCGCAGCUGAACCAGCUGAGGAAGGAGAACAGCCGGAUCCUGACAUCCUUGACCCUCACCACACGGCAUCAUUCGGCUGUGGAGGCCGAGAACUCUGUCCUCAGGACUCAGAUGGUGGAGCUCGGCAACAGGCUGCAGUCUCUCAGUGAGAUCCUACACUGCUUGAAUGGGAACACCGCCAUCACCAGUGGUCUGUUCUGUGAUGGCCAUCAGGUCAAUAAUAGCUUUAGCAAUCCAUGGAACCUCAUGUACAUGAACCAGCAGCCCAUCAUGGCUUCAGUAGGCAAUAUGUUCCUAUACUGACAGAGAGGGAGGUUGGUGUCUGCAGUGUUGCUAUCACUGCUUUGUCAAUGAGUUGGUCUUUGUCUAUCAUGGUGUCUGUUGUAGUAUGUAUGUUGGGUAGAAGAUCAAGACAUAUAUUAGUUUUCAGAGCUUCAAGGAAUCAAACAAGAUCUGUAUCAAGCAUAAA